UAAUCAGCCAAAUCCAAACGUCCACCCAUCACAACUAUAUAAAUGUCUCGUUUGAAAUCUGCUGGGUCACACCUUUCAUUCAUACAAAGCUAAAUUGAAUUCUAGAAAGAGAGAUGAGUUUUCUUGCGGGAAGAUUAGCAGGAAAAGAAGGUGCCUAUUUUUUCCAGGAAACCAAACAAGCCGUAGGCAGACUUGCCCAGAAAAAAUCAACCCAGAAGCCUUCUUCUCUGUCUGGUCCUUCUUCUUCACAGGAAGAAGCAAAAGCAGACGUCCUUCCUGAGGUUUUGAGGCACUCUCUGCCCGCCAAGAUUUAUUACCAACCCUUGAAUUCUUCUUCUUCUUCUUCUUCUUCGUCCAUAUCCACCUCCAAAUGGGUUCUCCAAUCUGAUCCCAACAAUGCCUCUUCUUCGUCUGCCAAGGCUCUCAAUCCUCUCAGGGAUUAUCUCUCUAUGCCCCAGGUCACCUUUGGCCCCAAAAGGUGGGAACUUCCCCAAGUAGAACACUCGGUUUCAGCCUCCACAGCAAAUGAAUUGCGUCAAGAUAGGCAUGUCCACAUUAAUCCUGAGAAGUUGAAGGCUGCAGCUGAAGGGUUUGCUCAAAUUGGGAAGGCAUUUGCUGUUGCUACUGCAAUUAUAUUUGGAGGUGGCACCUUGAUAUUUGGACUGGCAGUCUCAAAACUAGAGAUGCAGAAUACUCAUGAAUUUCGGACUAAAGGAAGAGACCUGGUAGAGCCAAAAUUUGAGAUGAUUAAAGAGCAACUAGUUCCCUUAAAAACCUGGGCUGAUAAUACGUCAAAGAAAUGGCAUUUGGAGAGGCAGGUGGAAGUUAAAGAGAGGCCUAUGGUGAAGGAGCUUUCCAAAAUGUGGAGUGCAAAGACAUCCAACUGAUAUUUUAUUUAUUGGACAAAAUUUAGAUACAAUACUUUAAGUGUUGUUUCUAAAGUUCCUCACUUAAGAUUGAGCCAUGUGGCUACUUAACUAAAAAAUACACUUCAACCUUAUGAGGAAAAUCCCACAUAGUAGAAUCUUAAGAGAGGAACCUGAGAAACAGCACCUAAGUACUGUACCUAAGUCUUGCCCUUGUUUAUUUAUAUAUUUAUUUUCUUUGGGAAAGAGAGAGAGGAGGGGUAUUGUACGUACAAAGUUGUCUAAGUGCCUUGUAGAGGAAAAGUAAUUUGGUAUUACCCGGAUGUACCACAUCCCUCAUGUGAUAUAUCCGUUGACAUAAUAAAAAUUGCUUGUAGAGUUAUGCAAUAAAAAAUUUAUGUUGUAUGAAUA